AUGCAACAUGGUGCCCACCAGAACGAGGGUGAUGAAAUCAUGGCAACACCCCCAAACCUGCCGAGACAUGCAGGAACCAACCAGACCACUGCCAAGCACAAGAUUACGCCAAGAAACGAAGAAACACCUGGCACCGGAAUGCCCACCAACCACUUCCUUCCACACAACCCAGAAACUGAAAUCAAGUUCGAAAACAUCCCCACCGAUGACCCAACCACAGCCAGAGCAACCCGCCCAGAAGCUACCGCAACCUCAUCCAGCUCGAAACCCCACCAAGCUGCCAUAGUACAAAACCAACCAGCGCGAACAGGGCGAGUAAAUUCGACCGACGACGAAUCCAUUGAAACAGAUGACGACACACACCAGGAGACGCCAAAGCCUACCAAGUCAGUCAGCAUCUUCGAGGGAGACGGGGAGCACACCCAGGACACAGUACCCGACCCCAGACCAUGA